AUGGCUCAGUCGAAUAUCAUGAACCAGCUGGCCCAAAGGGUGGAGGGUUUGACUCUUGAUGGCCUGGCGCAGAAGUACCCUACUGCCCAUCCUGAGAUCAACCCUCUUGACCUAUAUAGGGCACAUCUGAGCGAUGUCCUGUCCAAAAUUUCAGGCGUCGAAACAUCCAUCAUUUAUCCUGCUGUCAUGUGGACACAAAGCCUUGACAAGGGCGACUUCGUCGUGGCGGUUCCUGCGCUCCGUAUCAAAGGCAAGAAGGCUGACGUUUUGGCCCAGGAAUGGGCUGAAAAGUUCCCAGAGGAUGACCCUCUGUUUAACAAGCCUGCGCUCAGCGGGCACUUCAUGUCUUUCUUCGUCAAGGGAGGACCCCUUAUUGAGUCAAUCAUUCCAUUGGUGAGGAAAACUGGGAAAGACUUCGGUGAAAAUCGAUUCAAUGGCCUCAGGGACCCAAAAAACCUGAGCUCCGGCAAGAAGCGUAUUAUUGUCGAGUUUAGCUCUCCCAAUGUUGCAAAGCCCUUCCAUGCCGGUCAUCUUCGAUCCACUAUUAUUGGCAGCUUCAUUGCCAACCUCUAUGAGGCGAACGGUUGGGACGUCGUUAGGAUGAAUUACCUUGGAGACUGGGGAAAGCAAUAUGGGCUGCUGGCCUUAUCGUACGAACGAAAUGGAAAUGAAGAAGAACUCAACAAGAAUCCGAUCGACCACCUCUUCAAACUCUAUGUUCAGAUUAACGCAGAAAUGAGUGCCGAGAAAGAAGCCAUCGAAGAACAGAAGAAAGAGGGUAAAGAUGUCAGUGCUUUGGAAGCCAACAGCCUCGACGAACAAGCCCGCCAAUACUUCAGGCGAAUGACCGAUAGGGAUGAGGCAGUUCUCUCUCAGUGGCAGCAAUUCAGGGAUCUCAGCAUUGCUCGUUAUAAAGAAACGUACUCUCGGCUCAAUAUCCAAUUCGAUGAGUUCAGCGGUGAGAGCCAGGUAUCCGAGGAGUCAAUGUCCAAAAUAGCCGACGAGAUGAAGGAGAAAAACAUUUCUCGAGAAGACAAAGGCGCCGUUCUCGUUGACUUCACCCAACUUCUCCCAGGCAAAGAGGGGAAGAGGCUGGGAACUACUGUUCUCCGAAAACGAGAUGGCACUGCGCUCUAUUUGACUCGCGAUGUUUGCGAACUGCUUGGACGUCAUGAGAAGUACAACUUUGACCAUAUGAUCUACGUGGUUGCUAGCCAGCAGGACCUCCACCUCAAGCAGCUUUUCCAAAUCAUCGAGCUUCUUGGGUACAAGGACAUUGCCAAGAAGUGCCAGCACAUCAAUUUUGGACUAGUCCUUGAUGAUAUCCUCAAGGACUGUGCGGAUCACAUGCACGAGACUAUGAAGAAAAAUGAGGAGAAGUACGCUCAAGUUGAGGAUCCAGAUGCUACAGCCGACACGCUCGGCAUCAGCAGCGUAAUGGUUCAGGAUAUGAGUGGCAAAAGAAUCAACAAUUAUACUUUUAAUAUGGAGGCCAUGACGUCCUUCGAAGGCGACACUGGUCCUUAUCUCCAGUAUGCACAUGCCCGAUUGUGUUCAAUUAAGCGCCGUGCAAACCUCACGGAUGAGGACUUGGACAGCGCCAACUUGUCUCUUCUGAAGGAGGAUCAUGCUGUCAAUAUCGUGCGAAUGCUGUCGCAAUGGCCAGAUGUUUUACAAAACACACUCAAGACAUUGGAACCAACAACAGUUCUCACCUAUCUUUUCAAGAUGACACAUGUUAUCAGCAGCAGUUACGACCACCUGCAGGUUGUUGGUAGCGAACGAGAGCUAAUGAAGGCCCGUAUGGCUUUAUACGACGCAGCACGAAUUACGUUGGCCAAUGGCAUGCGCAUCCUUGGAUUGACGCCACUUGAAAGGGCAACUUGCUCGACGUUCAUGUAG